AUGGUGAUGUUGCACGGGAUCCUGUGUUUCCUUGCUUGGUCGAUGCUGACGGCCGACGCCAUAUGUCCAGACAAGGCGUCAAAUCUUCAAUUAUGGAGACCCGGAAACAACCCAGGCGCUGAUGUCACGAUUCCCAGGGGCAAACUUUACCUGUUGGACAGGUCGACGACAGUGAACAGCAUCACCAUUCAGGGAAAGCUGGUUUUCAAAGACGGGGUGGCACCGAUCGUGGUGAAGACUAAACACAUUCGUGUUGAAAAUGGCGGAGAGUUACACAUUGGUAGUACUGAUUGCAGGUAUCAGGGGAAAGUGACCAUCGUCCUUAUAGGCAAGUCAACCGAUGGCGACGAGGAUCCAGACUUUGGCAAGAAGUUUAUCGGCGUCACUAAAGGUGGCACCUUGGAAAUCCAUGGCAAGGCAAAGACCGCCUGGACCUUUUUGGAAGGACACCUGACCGGUUCACUGGCGGAAGGGGCUGAAACCGACACCUCGAUGAGACGAGGCUUAAACUUACGUGUGAUAGACCGGCAGACUGGCCGUGUGACGGCGAAACAAUCAUUUGACACGCACGGCGACAGCACAGCAUCGCAGGGACUGAUUGACUUUAUUAAUAAACAGAAAAAUGGCGCCAUAAUCGCAAUGGCAGCAUAUGAUGAACCGUCAUCAAAACUAAACAAGGAUGCCAGGAACUUUCUCAGCAAAAUGGGGAGCAAAGAGGCUGGGAGCCUUCGUCACAGGGAGCCCUGGGCGUUCAUUGCUGUUAAAGGGUCACCAUCGGAGACUGUCGAGGAAAGAGUGAAAUACAUUAACCCAACAACGACACACUACGCAACAGCUGAGAAGACGUUCACAAAUACAAAUGGUCAAUUUCGGGUCUCCGUGAAAAGCGGAUGGAGUGCGGCAACAAAAUGGGCCAGUGCGGCAUUUGAACUUGGGACCCAAGCGGAUGGACACGUGAUCACCUUGGCGGAUGACGUCAGCAGUUGGAGGGAAGGAGAUCGCGUCGUCAUCAGCAGCACUGAUGUCUCCAUGUAUCAGACGGAGGAAUUUGUGAUUGGAAAAUGUGAAAGCUGUAGUCGUUUUCAAAUUAAGAUUUUGGGUAAGGUGAAUUUUCUCCAUUUCGGCGGUUCGUCCUAUGGUGUUGACAUGCGCGCUGAGGUCGGAAUACUCAGCAGGAAUAUCUUGAUCAAGGGGGAAAUGGAGUCGAAAUGCUACGGAAACAAUCGUUGCCAGUUCUUCGAUCAUGACACGUUCGGUGGGCAUAUGCAGAUUCUAAAAGGCUUCAAAUCUGUCCAUCUUUCCGGGGUGGAGUUAUUCAAUAUGGGUCAACAAAUCAUCGGAAGAUACCCUGUUCAUUUCCACAUGUGUGGUGACGUGGACGAACAUGGUGGCUACAAAAACCCUACGUGGGUGAAAGACCUGUCCAUCCACAAGUCCUUCAGUCGCUGUGUCACCAUUCACGCUACUCACGGACUCUUGGUCCAGAAUGUCGUUGGCUACAGCACACUCGGUCAUUGCUUCUUCCUGGAGGACGGCAAUGAGCAGAGGAACACUCUGGACCAUAACCUGGGUCUGCUUACUAACCCCGGCACCAUUCUCCCUUCUGAGAGAGACACCAAAAUGUGCACCACCAUAAGAGAGAACGUUAUCGCUGGAUAUACGCCUUCGAAAACUGAUUGCAACGCAGUGACCACCUUCUGGAUAGCACACCCAAACAACACCUUUAUCAACAACGCGGCUGGAGGCUCAGCGGGCGUCGGCUACUGGUUUGCGUUCCACAAAGAACCCACAGGGGCCUCCAAGGGAACUCUACCACUGCGUCACGGAGAAAGAACGCCAAUUGGGAAAUUUUAUAACAACAGGGCCCAUUCUAACAUGGGAAAAGCCUCAUUGAUGUUGGACGAGGGGGUUAAGACCACACCUUCUACGUCACGGUCACCUGCUGAGUAUCUGUCCAUGACAGGCGCUAGGCACGCUCCACACGUGGAUGCCAAUCUAAAUAAACCAAGAUCCCCUUCUAUCAUCGACCGCUUCACAGCGUACAAGACAACAGGCCACGGCAUAUGGGCGCGUGGAGGUGAAAUUAUCAUUCAAAACUCAAGGUUUGCGGACGUAACUACUGGCAUUAUUCUAGCAAGUGAAGGAGUUACCCCGUUCGAUCCAGGAAGCCACCAGGCGAUUAGAGACACCAUCUUUGUCGGCGAGAGCGAGAACAGGGGGUCCAAAAACCUGAAAAUAAGCAACAGGAAUUGGGCAGCUGGCUUUGAUGGAAAGAUGCGAAUGUUUCCCAGCGACAGAACAAAUCCAAAGAGGGGUGUUGGUGUAUACGACGGCCCUAUCACCGUAGAAAGAUGUCAGUUCAAGCGUUUUAAAAGCCAAUACAACAAAGCCACGGCGGCCAUUGGGUUCUUCCUGCUCAACGGCUGGCAGAUAGCUACCACAAGCCGGUUCACCGAUGUGUCAUUUGAUGACGUGAGUCGCCGUGCUUGGUUUGGCCGCAUUCCUUCUGGAUCUUACUCUAAAAGGGCAGACAAAGAUGGCGACAAAGUUCAGAUUUUCAAAGAUGAGGACGGUUCCGUUACUGGGUACAAGGACUCCUUUGUCAUUCGAGCAGACAACUAUCUUCUCCGCCAUGAUGGCUGUGUCGAAAAGCCAGAGUGGAACGCCGCAAUCUGUAAAGGGUCUUAUGCACAAAUGUGGGUUAAAGCAAAGAACAAGCAACUCCGCAUGAGUAUGACCCGUACCGACCACCCAGACAAACCGCUUCAACUGGAAAGCCCCAAGAGAACCAGCAGAGAUCCUUGGAACCAGUAUCAGCCUUCCAUGCUACUGGGUCAGACCUAUACCAUCCACUGGGACGGCACCUCACCAGCUAGCGUGCAGCUGCACCCAAUUAACUUCAACAAAAAUGACAACAUAAUAGUUGGACUAUGUUAUCCCGCUGGCACCACCUUCAAAAUCCGAUACCAGCGUCUGAACCGGCGAACACCCAUCAAGACACUAACUUCUGUCAACUCGUUGACAGGGGUGAAAAACGGGAACGGUGGAGUGUAUUUCUGGGAUGGACAAGUGGGACUGCUGUUUCUUAAACUCACUACGGAAUAUAACAGAGAUGGGUGGAAUUACUGCUCUACCCAGGGCUGUGAGUACAUCUCCAUCGAGGCCACAAUACCAAAUGGCGCCACCAGCGUCUGCCCAGGACAGGCCUAUCCGAAGUAUCAGGCCAAGCCUGCCAGCAUUUUAAUCGGCUGAUCCAGCAGUGACAUGAUAGGUCAAAAACAUUUUAUCUUGUCCUUGCCUUGCUUAUGUUUAUUAGUGUAAGAUACUGAAAUUGGAACAUGCACAUGCUUAAAAUGGCAACUGUUAUCAAAAACAUGUCGAAGUGGUGGGAAUUGCGUGUUAUGUUAGUGAAUUCGAAAUAAAAUGAAUGAAAAUAAAACAAAUGCACUGCUUGUUGAGAUAAUAAAUAAAU